AUGGCCCUAUCCUCCUGCAACGGCGCAUGCGCAACCCACGACGACUGUGCUGGUCAGCUCAAAUGCAUCAACAGUAAGUGCAACGACCACCCUGAUCUCAACGAUUUCAGCCAAGGCGGGGACGGCAGAGGUGCAGCCAAGUGUGACGAGCAAUACCAUCUAAACAUUCAUGAGCGAGCCGUGGCACUUUCCAUGGAUAGGAUUAACUGCAGCAAAGCUAUUAACUGCGGUGGCAUCGGAGGCAUCUCGUACCCCUUUUGGGGAGUAAACCGAGCUAGUCACUGUGGUCUGCCCGGGUUCGAGGUCAAAUGCCUAGACAAUGUCCCCGUGAUCAACAUGUCGAAUAUCAACUAUAGAAUUCUUAAAACCAACUCCAGUAGGGUUCCUCCGUCUGUUACAGUUGCUAGGCAGGACUAUUGGAAAACUGUCAUUGUUCCGGUUUCUAGAACAGCUGCUGUGGCUCUAAAGGCCAACCGAACAACUAUCCAAGACGCGGUAGAUGGGGGCUUUGAAUUGGAAUUGAAAGUCCGUACUGAUAUAUGCAACACUUGCGUGGAAUCAGGAGGGAUGUGCGGUCUUAACACUACUUCUGGUGGGUUCAAUUGCUUUUGCCAGGAUCGGGCCUAUGAAACCAGAUGUAAUCCAACUAUUUCAAAUCAACCACCCAGACCAAAAGGUUCAAAGGCUAAAUAUGAAAUAGGCAUUCCGGCUGGUGUUUCGGGGAUCCUCAUAAUCAUUGCUUGUAUUGUAUGCAAAUCAAGGAAAAGAAUAUUGGGUUUCUUCAAGAAGGAUAUAACGGAUGAGUUUGAUGUUGAGGAAUUUAUAAGGAACUAUGAAUGCCUUGCUCCAAAACGGUAUAGUUAUGCAAAUGUCAAGAAAAUGACAGACUCUUUCAAAGAUAAAAUAGGUAAAGGUGGAUUUGGAACCGUGUACAAAGGCAGGCUGCCGGAUGGCCUCGUCGUGGCGGUGAAAGUCCUAAGCGAGUCCAAGGGUAAUGCAGAAGACUUUAUUAAUGAAGUUGCUAGCAUUGGUAGAACCUCCCAUGUCAACAUUGUCACUCUUUCUGGAUUCUGUUAUGAGAGGAAGGACAAAAGAGCUUUGAUAUAUGAAUUCAUGCAUAAUGGAUCUCUAGAUAAUUUCAUACAUAAACGGGGAUCUGAAACAGAAAAUUGUCGCUUAGAAUGGAAAACACUAUCUGAAAUUGCUGUUGGCAUUGCUCGAGGACUAGAAUACUUACACCGUGGAUGUAACACGAGAAUUCUGCAUCUUGACAUCAAGCCACAGAACAUUCUUUUGGACACAAAUUUUUGCCCAAAAAUCGCUGAUUUCGGCCUUGCCAAACUAUGCAAAACGAAGGAGAGUAUUGUAUCCAUGAUGGGGACAAGAGGAACUGCAGGAUACAUUGCACCAGAAGUGUUUAGCCGGAACUUUGGAGGCGUGUCUCACAAAUCUGAUGUUUACAGCUACGGCAUGUUGGUUCUUGAAAUGGUUGGAGCAAGAAAUUUGGAUUCGGGAGUAUCUCAUACCAGUGAAAUGUUUCCGCAUUACGUUUAUAGAGAACUAGAGCUAGACAAUGAUGAGAAUGUUUUUGGGGCAAUCACAGAGGAGGAAAAAGAAAUAGCAAGAAAGAUGGUAUUAAUAAGUCUCUGGUGCAUUCAGACCAAUCCUUCUGAUCGGCCAUCAAUGAGCAAAGUAGUAGAGAUGUUCGAAGGACCCCUUCAUUCCUUGCAAAUUGCACCCAAGCCUUUAUUGUUUGCUCCUACAACUGCUGCAGCGCAAGGCUCUAUGACCGCAUCCCAACAAUCUGAAAUAGAAGAUAUCUCUGGUAAUUAG